UCAGUGAGGGGGGGAAAGUUAGAAUGAGUGAUAAUCUGAAGCAUCCUCUUGAGGAUUCAGCUUCGCUAGAGAGACUAUCAAAGGUUGCGAAGAUCGAGGGCGAAGAAGAAGAAGGACCGGUUGACUCUGAGUCGGAGCUAUCGAUGAACCCUAGAGCGCAGCGUUACUUGGUUGCAAUCGAGUAUAUAGGAACGCGUUUCUCGGGGUCACAACAGCAGCCUAAGGACCGCACCGUCGUCGGCGUAUUGCAGGAGGCUUUUCAUAAGUUUAUUGGCCAGCCUGUCAAGAUCUUCUGCUCAAGUCGAACGGAUGCAGGAGUGCAUGCUCUAUCAAAUGUUUGCCAUGUUGAUGUGGAACGCCUCAGUAAAAGAAAGCCUGGUGAUGUGUUACCACCUCAUGAACCUGGUGUGGUCCAGAGAGCUGUGAACCAUUUCUUACAGAGAAAUGACGGUGAUGUUAUGGUGACUGAUGUUCGGUGUGUCCCAAGUAAUUAUCAUGCCAGAUAUAAAGCCCGGGAGCGCACGUACUUCUACCGCUUGCUUUCGGGGUCGGAUCCUUUAUCCAUCCUUGAAAAAGACCGUGCGUGGCAUGUUCCUGAGGAGCUAGAUCUUCGCUCUAUGCAGGAAGCAUGCAGAGUUCUCGUUGGAUCUCAUGACUUUACCUCCUUCAGGGCAGCUGGUUGCCAGGCAAAGUCACCUGUGAGAUGUUUAGAUGAAUUCAAUGUCAUGGAAGUACCAUCAACACCAUAUUUUCCAUCUAUCAUGGAAAGGGCGGAGAGUAACCUAAACAAUGGAGAUGAUCCUCUCGCAUGUUCCAGCCAAACCAAGACUGAGACUGCUGGUGUUACUACAAAUUUCGGCGAGACUUUUGGUGUAAGAAGACGACACCGCUGCUACGUAGUAACAGCGCGUGCCCGCGGUUUUCUGUACCACCAGGUUCGACUGCUUGUAGGAGCACUUAAAUGUGUUGGCACUGGAGAGUUGACCGUUUCAGAUGUUGAACGAAUCCUGGAGGCGAAGACUGUGUCUGCAGCCAAACCCAUGGCUCCUGCAUCUGGUCUGUAUCUGGCGACUGUCAAAUAUGAACUUCCAUGAAGGUUCCAUUUCCGCAACAAUGGUGAGGAGUCACAGAAUUGGUCUUUGUUCAGAAGCUGAAUAGAUAGAGGAAUAUAUGUUUCUUCUAAUGUGCUCCACCAUAGACCAUGGAUCCUGAGUUAUGAAUUUAAUAGUGCGAUGAUAUUUCGUAUCAGGCGUGAAUAUUUUUUAGUUUGAAAGUUCAAUUUUCACGGCAUUACAUUAUGAAAGUUUUGAUCUCCUACUAAUUGGUCUGACCAAUUUGCUCGU